CAUAAGAUUUCUCUGUAUAGUUUACAUUUUUCACCGGUUGGGCAUCUGGUUCCAAGCUCAGGUUUGACUGCACCGACCUCCUCUUAAAAAAAGCUUUGCUUCGUAGGAAAUGUAUUUUCAUUUAUCAGUUGUUUCCUUGCCCUCAUGUUAUUACAGAUUUAACUCAUUUUCUUUUCCAUAUUGAAAAGUAAGAGAUAACUUUGUACCAUUUAGCCUUAAGAGUGUUGGGGCUCCUGUCCUUGCCCCGGCAGCGAGAGGUGAUGCUCUAACACCGAUAUUAACCUGUUCCACACCAGCGCGGUCAUGGGCAGCCAGGAGAAGACGGACAUGGCAGAAAUGCUGCUACAACAGAUUUCCCAUCCGUUGCAAAGGAUUCUUUUACCCAUAAAAAGGGUGAGUGUCAGCUGUACUGAAGCGGUUUAUUCGUGAUGGGGCUGCUCUCCUGUGACAGCAGAAGAAAUUCUGGGAGGAGGCAUUUGCAUUUUCCUUGUGUGGUUGCAAAGAUAUCUGGUACAUGCUGCUUUUCCUCCAGUCUCGCUGCAGAUGUAGACAAACCACACAGUUUAAUGGGAUCCCGCCCAUCUAAAUAUAUAGCUGGCUUUCGUGAACACAAAUAGCACUGUAAGCAUGAAGCAUGCAAACCCUUCCCCGUGUCAUUUCUAAGCGCCCCAAUGCUUGUACUGCUUGUACUUGCAAUGCUUGUACUUGUCAGGACUCUUAUUCUUUGUUUUAAAGCAAAGCGUAAGCCAGAUCAAGUCUGUCCCACAUAUCACAAUUUUUAAAAACGCAUUUUUAUGUAUAUGUUUUGAUACUCCAAGAAAUUGAUUGAAAAUCACACAAGAGAGUGCUAAUUCUCCUAUUCCUUCCCCCAUCUGGGUUUUUCUCUCUUUUGGGAAUUUCCUAACAUCCCAAAUCCAGUUAUCAUUCCCUACUGGUCUGCCCAGCCUGUUUUGGGGCUGGGAAGCUGCAGUUCCUCGGAAACCCCUCAGGCCUUAUGCAAAACUUCUGACGGAGCUCGGUAAUGGCACAACCCCCUCGACUCGGUGUUUCCACAACCGCACAUUUCCUUGCUCGCUAGCAGCACCAACCUGCUGCCAUAACAACCACCGUAAAUACACAGACUCACAGGACGGGCUGUAAAAAACCCCAAUCUCUCUACUGGGCUGAGCUGCUCCUUUAAAUCAGUAAGAAAUUCUGGCUGUAGCACCGUCCGGUUGCUACACCCAUGCAAGCUGUCCGCAGGGUUGUGCCGAAUGCAAAAUACCCACUUCCCUGUCUUGCAAAGUUCUGAGACCAUUUCUCUUAGGAAAUUACAACGCUUCACAUGCUAACGUGCAUAUUGAUCUGAUUGAUCGAUAUCUUCAGUCCUUUAAGCACUUUCUUUAGCAAAAACUUCUUUUGCAUACUUUUCUCACUUUGUUCAGCUACAUGAAAGAUAACGACUACCAGUGCUUUGAAGGAGCCACUUCUGCUUUCCAGCUGCAGGAGGGCGGCUCCGUCAUGCUGCCGCCUCUGAGCACAUCACUACACGCAGAUGCAGAGAAGUAACUGCUAAAUUUACUCCCUGGUGUUGUCACACUGCAAGAGGGAAACUAGAAAUGUCAGGUUAAUGCUGCUUAUCAUCUUUGUCCUAUACAAAGCACUAAUUGUGCUAUAUUUUGGUGCCUUUCUGGGGCUUUGUUUUCAUUUAGUAAUAAAAGGUGAUUUUUUAUAAGGGAAAGCCUGCGAAUUCAACUGCCUGCUGUUCCCUUUUCUUAUUUUAUGCUAUUCUCAGGAAAGUAGCCUCUUUUGGAGAUAUCCCAAUGAUGGUUGGAUUUGCUGUUCAAUCAGUUCUUUAUCAGCAUUCUUAUUUAUUCGCUGGUUUUGCUGGAAAGCUCCUGCUGUUCCAGCCAGAGCCCGGUGGGUCCCGCUCCCCUCUCAACGUUCUUUCGCUUCUGCCAUCGCUGUCUGCUCGGCCUGAUCCGUGCAGCGCGGGGAAGGGAUGUCAGAGCGAGAUAAAGCAAAGUCGCCCUUGGCAGCCGCAGACCCGCUAUCGCAGGGCUCAGCUGCUGGGGCAGCUCCUGCCCUCAGUGUUUUGGUGCUCGGUUGGGUUUUGGGGCAGUACGGGGCAAAAUGGGGAGUGAAGGUGGGCAGCAGAGGGACGGGAUGGGCUGAGCCUGGUGGUCUUGGCAGGUACAGGUGUCUUCUCUACGGCAUCGGGUAUGACAGCAGCCUGGUUUAAGCGGUUAAUCUGAGCUCUGUUACAAGGGGAUAUCACCAGGUUGGAACUCCAACAGCUGGUUCUGACACGCACACAAAUGAAGCUGUUCCCCGAGGAGGCUCAACGUCACAAGAAGCCUUUGCCAACUACUUCUCAACAUCUCGCUAUCCCAUGCUGAGGUCACUGCUAUAAGCUAUUACAAGAGAAUUCCACAGCAUUUAAAGCAUUUUAUUUUUCCUGUUAGCAACUUCAUUUUGCACUGUGCAGCCGCCAUCCCAAUUCAGAUCUCAGGUGACCAGUGACCUGCAAAGAUAUGUGGCCAAGACACCUCUGUGUAACUUGUCAACACGUUCACAAGUAUUUAAAGGAAUGCGUUAUCCAGGCUGCUUGACUCCUCCCUUAAGAGAACACCCCUUGGCCUCAUUGCAAGUGCUUUUGUUACAUAUGCUUGGAGCUUAAAUUGUAUCAGAAAGGGAAAUAAACUAGAAAAACUAUCUGUAACUUUGAGUUUCUCGCUGGAAAUAUUUCUGUUUCCUAGAUAACAGAGGCAGACAGAGGGAGAUGGGAAGGUGCGGGCAGGCUGCUGCUGGCUGCCCUUUGUGUCUAACUGGGAGAAUUACAGUGGAAAUGCUGGUGUCCUCACUGUGUUAUUCUGGGUGUAGGUGUCAGCAGAAGCAGCUCAAUUUGCAGCUUCAAAGCGGGGCUGAUAUGUAGCCUGCUGGCCUCCCAUGCACAUCUUGAGCUGGAGGAAAGCCCUCUCCUCUUGCAGAAAAACUCCUUUUCAGAGGCAACUCUUCCUAGGGAUGGGCAAGUGAUGUUUGAAGGUGGUUUGGGGGGGUUUGGUGCCCCUGAGCUGUGCUGGAUUCCCUGGGCCAGAUGCUGUCGGAGAGAGCAGGAGGCACCGAUGAAGACACAGUUCUCAUCCCUGCAGGCAGCAAGGCCAGUGCCAAGGGGUGAACGGGACCUUCUCUGCGCCUCCCAGCUUUGGGGAGUCCUGCAGAUUCACAGCUGGAGCUGGCAUGUGCUGCCCUUUGUGUUGAUUUUUGUUUCUUUUCCUUUGGGACUUGGUGAGAGGAUAAAUGCAGAUAAAUUAUUUGAAGGAGAGGCUGAGGCAGCGGGUGUCUGGAGAGCCCCACCGCAUUCCUCUGGAUGCCAAGAACGUCUCUUGGAGCAGAUAAGACUUGCAUUAGAAAAUUUCCCGGGGGUGAGAUGGCAGGGAGGGGAUGGGCAGCAGGCAGGAGUCGGGCCAUGGGAGCGGCACCGCUUUUGGCUGUGUGUCCCACAGCAGAGGGUGCUGCUGGCAGCCGCCUCCUCCCGCUGCCCGCGCCUACCAACAGCUCCCACGCGUGUUCUGGAGCAAAUCCCCGACCCCUCCCCGGAGUUCCGGGAGUGGCCGCGCUGCCCGGCAGCCCCCGGCUUAACACCCGGCUUGGGCGGGCGCUGCUCGGCUGCCGGUCCUGCUCCGGGUUCCGCUCCGCUUCCGCUCCGGCUCCCGGUGCUGCUGCCACUCCGGGUUCUGCUCCGGUUCCACUCCGGGUCCCACUCCUGGUUCUGCUCCGGUUCUGCUCCGGGUCCUGGUGCCGCUGCCACUCCGGGUCCUGCUCCGGUUCCACUCCGGGUCCCGCUCCUGGUUCUGCUCUGGUUCCGCUCCGGGUCCCGGUGCUGCUGCCGCUCCGGCCGACCCGGGGCAGCGAUGGGCUCCGGGCGCCGCCGCUUGUUCCUGCCCGCGCUGCUGCUGCUGCCGCUGCUGCCCGCGGCGUGGGGUGACUGCGGGCCAUUGCCAAAUAUAAGCCACGCAGAGCCCCUAGAGGACACUAAACAUCGGGAAAGCUUCACGGUGGGUUCCAAAGUCAGGUACAGAUGCCUGACGGGUUUUGUUAAGCGCCCCUUGAUGUCAGAAACCAUCCAGUGCCUUGCGAACUCCCAGUGGUCCCACCUCCCGGAGUUCUGUGGCCGUAGCUGUCCCAGCCCGCCACGUGUGCAUUUUGCUAAAGUAUCACAGGAACACGAAACACAGAAUUUUUACCCUGUUGCAGUCACGGUGAAGUACAUUUGUCGCCCAGGUUAUGAGAGUUCCACGGACCAGCUCCCCACCAGCACUUGUCUUGAAGAUUUAACAUGGUCAGAAGUUCCUGAGCUGUGUCAGAAGAAAUCUUGUGGUAUCCCAGCAAAUCCAGAACACGGUGAAGUUGUUACAAAUGAUCACCUGCUUGGUGCAAGAGCAACUGUUGUUUGUAACCGUGGGUACACAUUAAAGGGGGCCUCGCCUCUCAUCUCGUGUACCCUAAGGCGAGGUGAAGUUGCCUGGAGUCAAGUUCCAGCUUGUCAGGCUAUUUUUUGUCCUUCGCCCCCGACUAUUCCCAACGGGCAGCACAACGGGAACGGUACAGAGGAGUUCGCCUACAACUCGGUGGUGAUGUACACGUGUGACCCCGGGCUCCAGCUUGUAGGAAACGAAACUCUUCUUUGUACAACAGAGAACAGCAUCGACGGUGUCUGGAGCAGAUCUCCUCCUGAAUGCAGGGUUAGCGCUACAGCAGCAACAAACCAAACUGAACCCUUGGAAGAGAGGACACCAAAUAAUUUGCACUGGCUAGUGGGUGUCAUCCUUAUGUGCAUUGUUGCAGCUGUGAUUGUUGGUGUGAUUGCAGCUCUUCUCAUCAACAGAUGGAAAGACAAUAAACAACGCUCCGAUAAGGUGUGUUUACCAGAGCAUGAAGUGAAUGGAAGGGAUCUACCAAUGCACCCGAAGAUAAUGGAUGAUGGGAAGCAGCCUGUGCUGUGGCAUUCCUAUUUUUGCCACACAUCGAGUUGCCAUGUGUGUUCGAGCUGCGAAGAGCGGCUGCAUGCCGCCCUGGCCCCCCGCGCCGUGACCAGGCACCGCGGCUGUGCCACCUGCGAGCACUGGCUGCGCACCCAGCCCGGGACACCGCGCACCUACCGCGUCCCCAGCAUUGAGGAGACCCACAGCCCAGCAGAGACAAGCUCUCCGGCCGAAGUUGCAGAUGCGCUGAGGGCUGAGGGUGCAGGAGAAGCUGUGAGUGAUGCAGAGCAGCUCAUGGACCGUGAAAGCAGCCACAUCUGUCCCAUCUGCGAGGACUGGCUGCGCGCCCACGAUGACCAGCAUGGGACCCAUCAUGUGGCACCCACCAGGGAGCAGCAGGACCGGGGCCCCGGGGGUCCCAUCUGCCCGCCCUGCGCCGACCGGCUGCACCUCUCCCAUGUCCACAGUGACACGUCGCGCUGCCCCGUGUGUCCCCUGGCCGGGGAGGGGACCCUGGCUCACCUGGUCGCCCAGCGCACCCCCGGUUGCCACGUCUGCCCUGUCUGCACGGUGCCCACCCACGCUCACCUGUGCCAGCCCCGGCACCCCACGGAUAAAUGCUGACGGCUGUAGCAUCCUCAAGCUGGUCAGAGGGAAGGGUGAGUUGCUACACUAACUCCUGACGUCAACAGGGACGAAGUUCUAAGUGCAAUAAGGCAACCUGGAGUCAAGUGUCUGACGCGGCAAUCAAGAAUUUCUUUGUAAAGAAGCAGGAAAAUCAAACGCGCUUCAACUUCAGCUCCAUGUUGGUUCAGUGCCUACUGUUUUAUUUUUGCAGCUCUCAAAGUGAAGCUUUUAAAACAUCAGUAAACGUUUCUUUCCACUAGGAAAACAAUUUCAUAGUGAAUGCCCUCUUUGCACGGUCUUACAAGAUAUACUUGUACUUUUUUAAACCACUUGUUUACUCUGGUUCCUUUACUAAUGUGCAGAUACGAGGGCAAAACUUGCAGUAUUUAUAGUAAAACUGUUUUGUAAAUAAAUGGAAUAUAAAAUAAGAAAUACUAGUAUCCUGGCUAGGGUUUGUGGUGGGUUUUUUAAAAAUUUUAUUUACUAAUCAAGCCUUGUCAUAAAGUG